UGUCACAAUCUGGCAACACUUGGUCUCAGCGCUGCUUCUCGCUUCUCCGCCUCACAUAUCGUUGUGUUUCACUGCUUAGGAGAACCUGGUGUUGAUUCUCGAGUCUGCACAACAUCGAGAGUCUAGGACCGAGGCGGAGUUGGGCUGCCGUAGAAAGGAGGAGACGAGGAGAAAGGAGGAGUAGGUCUGGAUAAAUCUCGACAGUAAUGUUGCGGAUCUUCUACAUUUGAUAAAGAUGUCCUGUGUCACCAUGGAUGCCAACAACAUCAUGCCAAUCCUCAAGAAGAAACUGGCCUUCCUUUCAGGAGGUAAGGACAGAAGAAGUGGUCUCAUACUGACCAUCCCGCUGUGUUCAGACCAGACCAACUUGGAGGAGCUGAGUACUACUCUACACUACCUGCUCAGUAUACCUAGCGAACGCUGUAAGGCCCGGGGCUUCACUGUCAUCGUGGACGGACGCAAGUCUCAGUGGAACAUCGUCAAGACGGUGGUGCUGAUGCUGCAGAACGUUAUUCCAGCCGAGGUGUCGCUGGUUUGUGUGGUGAAACCAGAUGAAUUCUGGGACAAAAAGGUCACACACUUCUGCUUCUGGAAGGAGAAGGAUCGCCUGGGCUUCGAGGUGAUCCUGGUGUCGGCCAAUAAGCUGACCCGCUACAUCGAACCGUGUCAGCUGACCGAUGAGUUUGGAGGAAGUCUGGAGUACGACCACAUAGACUGGCUCAAUAAGAGACUGGUUUUUGAGAAGUUCACCACAGAGUCAACCUCUCUGCUGGAUGAGCUGUCAGUCAUCAACGACGGUCUGCUGGAGAAGGACCGAGGUUCAGAUUGGAACCAGCUGCCCUCCUUUGACCCUGAGACGGUGCUGCAGACAGGUCAUGAGUUGUUAUCAGAGCUUCAGCAGCGACGAUUUAAUGGCUCAGAGGGAGGAGGAGCCCCCUGGUGUCCGAUGGAGGAGGAGCUGCUGGCCCAGCCCCAGGUGCUGCGGCUGCUGGACUCCCUGAGGGAGCAGUACACCCGGUACCAGGAGGCCCGAAGGCUCAGGAGCAAGCGCUCCCAGCUGGAGGAGGUGCACGCCAAGGUCACACAGGUGGUCCAGUGGCUGGAGGGUCCGGGUUGCGACCAGCUGAAGACCAGCGGAGCCAUCGGGGAUUCACUGAGGGAGUCUCAGGACCUGCAGCACCAACACGAACUGAUCGAGAGCCAGCACAGUGAGUGGUUUGCAGUGUAUGUGGAGUUGAACCAGCAGAUCGCUGCCUUGCUGAGUGGGGGGGAAGAGGAGGAGCAGGAGGAGCUGCGCCUCCUGCAGCAGCAGCUCAGUGACGUGUGUUAUCGACAGGCCAAUCAGCUAGAGCACAGGCAGACCCUCCUCCAAUCAGCACAGAGCUUCCACGGCUCCGCCCACGAGCUGUCCCAGCAGCUGGACGGCCUGCUGGGCAUGCUCUGUGCUGACGUGGUGCCGGCGGACGGAGCCUCCAUCCAGCAGAGUCUCAAGCAGCUGGAGGAGAGCCUGAAGGCUGUGGAGUGCAGUCUGCAGGUGCUCAGGGAGAAGGGCCAGGCUCUGCUGGAGCAGGUGUCGUCCCAGCCCCCCCUGGAGGUGGAGGACCCCCCACCAGUUCAGACCAAUGACAACGUCCACCACAUCCACUCGGUUCUGGAGGACAUGCAGCUCCGCAAGCAGAGGUGUGAAGACAUGGUGGACGUCCGCAGACUCAAGAUGCUCCAGAUGGUUCAGCUCUUUAAGUGUGAAGAGGACUCCUCUCAGGCGGUGGAGUGGCUGGGCGAGCUGCUGGAGGCUCUCCUGAAGACUCACCUCCGGCUUGGAGACGAUGCCCAGGACACCAGCGCUCUGAUCGACAAGCACACCAAGUUCAUCGACGUAGCCCAGAGUACGUAUGACUACGGCAGGCAGCUGCUCCAGGCCACAGUGGUGCUGUGCCAGUCCCUGCGCUGCGCCACGCGCUCCUCAGGCGAGACACUGCCGCAACUGCAGCGCGUCUGGAAGCAGUUCAGCAUGACGGCCGACGAGAGGCUGGGCCGCCUGACGAUGGCACUGCGCUUCCACACAGCUGCCGACAAGGUGUUUCAGGAGCGGGAGGAGGAGCUGGAGGAUGUGUUUGAGGAGUUGGAGACGGUGGGGAGGAGCUUACUGGACAGACUCAGCAUCCCUGUGGUCUUUCCUGACGGGACAGAGCAGUUCUUCGGGACUCCAGGGGAGACGGCGUCGUCAGCGGAGGCCAUCAGAGAGCGCCUCCUAUUGGUGGAGGAGCAGCGGGGGCUGCGGCUAGCAGAGGAGGGCGGGCUAAACCGUGAGGGGCAGGAGCUAGAUAUCUGUGGGCGGGUUCAGUUGGAGGCGGGGCUAGACGUGAUUGGGGAAGAGGCCAAUGAGGAGGAGGAGGAGGAAAAGGCAGGAAGGGAGGAGGAAGAAAAUAGAGCGACCCAGGACGGUUAGGUGACCACAGAUCAACAUUCAGAAUCAUGGAUCUCAUUUUCUCCCAAGGCUAGCACCAAUCCCCCUCUACCCCCUCUCUCUAAGAAAACUAAUGGAUGGCCUGUCACUAAAAUAUCCCCCUUGAUACGAGCUACUAAUCAUCUGAACUACCACACAGACCACAGCUGCCUGGACUCCCGCUCUACUGUCUCAAAGCUUAUUGGCUGGCCUCAGCCCUUAGGACCUCCUCUUGACCAUGUAUAAAGCGCUAGCUAGCUAGGGGCUACAUCUGUUAUGACAUUGUGACCUCAUCAUAAUCUGAAUAAACAAGCUUUUUAAACUGA